UCCUCCAUUCAUUUCCAUCUCAAUCCCUCCAACAUUAGAAUCCACAAACCCUUACUUCGCUAGAACUAAAGAGAAGAAGAAAUGGCUAUUCUGGUGUCUCGCACGGGAAGGACUCUGCAGAGGUACCACAAAGGCCACCGACUCGUCGUCGGAUGCAUACCUUACAGGUUGAGCCGGAAUGGCGGGUUGGAGGUGCUGAUGAUUAGCUCGCAGAAAGGCCAGGCGAUGAUGUUUCCCAAGGGAGGUUGGGAGCUCGACGAGUCCAUCGAAGAAGCUGCUUCUCGUGAAUCGGUUGAAGAAGCCGGUGUUGUCGGGGUUGUUGAGCGCGAGUUGGGGAAAUGGAGAUUCAUGAGCAAGAGUCGCCCGAGCUACCGCGAAGGGUACAUGUUUCCAUUGCUUGUGACAGAACAACUUGAUCUCUGGCCUGAGAAAAAUCUCCGAAGGAGAGUUUGGAUGUGCGCGGCGGAUGCCAGAAAAGUUUGCCAGCAGAUUUGGAUGAAGGAGGCAUUGGACAUGUUAGUUGAGAGACUCAAAUUGCAAAGCAACCUAACAAGUGGGGAAGAGGGGGGCCAAGAAGUCUUUCCAAAAGCUCUUUAGGGCUUUAGGCCAGACAGAGUAGAAGCAAAGUUCACAAGUUUCUUUUUCUUUCUUUUUUUUUUCUCCUCAUCUUUUUCCUUGUGGAAGUAAUUAAAGUGGUGUAGAUAUGCCAGCACUUCUUACAUCCAUAGGAGAAAUGUUGUUUCUCAAAGAAGGUAGAGGGGACUAGGCUAUGUACUGUAUUCAUGCUGACUAAUUUCCUUCAUUCAAAGAAUCAAAUGCUUUUUCAUCA